ACUUAAUAAAUUUUUUAAUAUUGAAUUAUUGGAGGGUCGUGGGUUGGCGAAUGAGUGAUACCCUCACGGCGCAUGUGCAAUUCCUAACCGUCACACACGGAGAGAUGACUUAGAUCCAACGGUAACGAAUAUGCCUGUGACAAAGGCACCGGUGACUUUAGCAGUUCAACAAAAUCUCAAAAGAGUCAGUAGCUGAUGAAGCUGUUAUAUAAAAGCAAUAAGAUAUUGGAGUUGACUUGUUUUUUAUAAUUGAUCUUUUUUGGUUCAAUGCAUAAUAAAUAAUCUCUUUUCUAUAUAAAACACAAACACAUAUAAAUAUAACAUAAGCUCAAAGACUAACCAAACCCAUCAUCUUCUUCAUUCGAACUUCUUUCUCUUUUUAUUUAGAACCUCAGUUUUGAGAAUCAGUCUUUGUUCAGUGCUAACGUACGCAUCUUUAUGAGUUUGUUGUCUUUGCUUUUUAUAAGAUUCGGUUUCUGAGUUUGGUUUUUUUUUUGUAAGGUGGCUAUCUUUGUUGUUCUUCUUCUUAAAACGUAGAAACAGCUUUAUAAAAAUCCUUGAAAGCAUGUAAAUUUAAGUCCUAGCUCCAUUUUCGUUUCAUUUCUUACAAAAAAAAAAAACAAAAAAAGGUUUUUGAUCGAUUGAUGAGUUUUCCCAUUUAUUGAUCUCUUUAGUUUUAACUUGUGUUUGGUGACACCGGUCCUGGCGAAGUUUAAAACACAAGUGUAAACACAAAUUUAUAAAAACUUCAAAUCAUGUAAAUUUCGUCUCUAUCAAUAUAUUUCCUUCACCAAAAAAAAAAAAAACAAAAAAAAAUUAGAGUUUAGUACUUUUAUUUAAAACAAAAACAGAAAAGAAAAGAAAAAAAAAACGUUGGAAAUGGCUCCACCGGAGGCUGAGGUGGGUUCGGUUGUGGUGAUGGCUCCUCCUACCCCGGGAACGCCGGGAACACCGGGAGGGCCAUUGAUCACGGGAAUGAGAGUGGAUUCAAUGUCAUUCGAUCAUCGGAAACCAACGCCUCGAUGCAAAUGCUUGCCGGUGAUGGGAUCAACUUGGGGUCAACAUGACACAUGCUUCACCGAUUUUCCCUCUCCUGAUGUCUCCCUCACUCGCAAGCUUGGAGCCGAGUUCGUGGGAACAUUCAUCUUGAUAUUCACCGCGACAGCCGGUCCAAUCGUGAACCAGAAAUACGACGGAGCAGAAACCCUAAUCGGUAACGCGGCAUGCGCAGGACUCGCAGUGAUGAUCAUAAUACUAUCAACGGGUCACAUCUCAGGGGCCCAUCUAAAUCCAUCACUGACCAUAGCAUUCGCAGCUCUAAGGCACUUCCCUUGGGCUCACGUGCCUGCUUACAUUGCAGCUCAAGUCUCAGCUUCCAUUUGUGCUUCAUUCGCACUUAAAGGAGUGUUCCAUCCUUUUAUGUCCGGAGGUGUCACUGUUCCAUCUGUUGGCGUUGGACAAGCCUUUGCUCUUGAGUUCAUCAUCACUUUCAUUCUCCUCUUUGUUGUCACUGCCGUCGCUACCGACACUCGUGCCGUUGGAGAAUUGGCAGGUAUAGCUGUUGGAGCAACGGUCAUGCUCAAUAUUCUAGUCGCAGGGCCAUCGACUGGUGGAUCUAUGAAUCCAGUGAGGACUCUAGGACCAGCCGUUGCAUCAGGAAACUAUAGGUCACUUUGGGUUUAUCUGGUGGCUCCUACACUUGGUGCCAUAGCUGGUGCAGCCGUCUACACAGGUGUCAAACUUAACGAUAGCGUGACCGACCCGCCUCGUCAGGUUAGGAGCUUUCGUCGUUAAGUGAGUGAGAGACUUGUUUACAAGUCUCUUGCUUUGUAUAAUGUAUGAUUAUGUAAUGAUAUGAAAAGCUUUGGAAGCUUGUGUGAAGAAUAAAAGGCGAUGUGACUAUAAGUCCACGCAUGGCAUUGGUUUAUAUCAACCUGAUGCGAACUUGUCAAAUUAUGUCUGUGUAAUAAUAAUACACUUAUUAUGUGUGGUUUGGGUUUCUUUGUUGGUUUGCUGUUGUAUUUUACCUCGGUGACGAGGCUGUUUUUAUUAAUAAAAUAUAUUGUGUGUGUAA